CGGACCCGGAAGCGGAGCGGCUGAGUCACCCCGGCAGCGCGGCUGGCUGGGAUGAGGCAGCCGCAGGAGCAGCCGCAGCAGCAGCGAGCGGCGGGCGCGUCCCUGCGACACUGAGGCGCCCGCCCCCGGCGCGCCCCCGCCCCCGCCCCGCCGGCACCAUGAUGGAGGAGAUAGACCGGUUCCAGGUGCCCACCGUGCGCGCCGAGAUGCAGCCGCUGGAUCCAACCGCUGCAUCUAUCUCAGACAGAGACUGUGAUACAAGGGAGGGAGAGACUGUAGCCAUGAACUAUAAACCAUCCCCACUUCAAGUGAAACUAGAGAAGCAGAGGGAGUUAGCUCGUAAGGGGUCCCUGAAGAACGGCAACAUGGGAAGCCCAGUUAAUCAGCAGCCCAAGAAGAACAAUGUGAUGGCUCGAACAAGGCUGGUUGUUCCCAAUAAAGGCUAUUCAUCGUUAGAUCAGAGCCCAGAUGAAAAGCCACUGGUAGCAUUGGAUACAGACAGUGAUGAUGACUUUGACAUGUCCAGAUAUUCCUCUUCAGGAUAUUCUUCAGCUGAGCAGAUCAACCAAGACUUGAACAUCCAGCUGCUAAAGGAUGGCUAUCGGUUAGAUGAGAUCCCAGACGAUGAGGACCUCGACCUAAUCCCCCCUAAAUCAGUCAACCCCACCUGCAUGUGCUGCCAAGCCACCUCCUCCACCGCCUGCCACAUCCAGUAAUGAGGACGGCAGGCAGUGAUCAGUGCUUUCCACUAUAACUGUAAAACUUAACAGCCAUUGCUUCCUCCUAUGGUAGGACGUGCACCUCUUUGUGUUCAUGGAGCCAGGAGAAACCAAAACUCCAUUUUAUGAUUGAUCGAUGAGUUAUUUUAAGCUAUGGUUAACAGACAUAAGCUGCUCCAAGCGCCAUGCUGGAGCCUGAGCAAUCGGCUGGUCUGGGAAGCUAAUGCAAACGGGUCCAGUGAUCCCUGGGUCUGGGCAGGCUCUGGGUAUGGUUUGUAAGGUGGAUGUACUGGAUUGAGAAGGAUCAGAUGUGGCUGCAGUUAAUCCUAUCCGUCACAACUAAUCCAACUGUGAGUUCAACUGAGUCUAAGAUGUAAGGUCUUUCUAACCUGGGGAAAGGUCAAUUUUUAAUUCAUUCACUGAAACUGAUCAGUUUGUGCCAACCAAAAUUGUACCUGAAUAGGAACAGAGUGGAGUAUUCUAGACUAUGGCAGUGCUGCUGGCAAGGAUUAAUAUACCCUAGGAAUCAGUUACACACAAACAGAACAUGUAAGUGGCAUUUCAUUCUGGGUUAAUACCAAACUUUACUUGGACUGUCAUGUCACAGAUCUGAUGUAACCUACUGUUAUUUCCAUAUGAGAUUAGCACCAAACAGAUACAAUUCUGUUCACAAUCCAUCCAUGCCCCUCCUGGAUUCAUUUUACUCCCAGAAGUAAACAUAUCAUAUCCAUUAAUUCAAUCCAGUCAUAUUUAUUGGGUUUUGCCUCCAAUGUUUAAGGGGAAUUUUUGGGGCCCAGCUGCUGGCAAAAAUCGCAGUCCUUGUCCAUUUUAGUAAAAAAUAUGUAUAUACCUAAGAAGAAUCAUAAUGAUACAGUCUUAACAUCAGUACCAAAAAAGCGAGUUGAAGAAAGCACAUGGUUUUUACAGUACACAGAGGUUCAUGUUAUCUUGACUUUGAGCCUCUUAGUUCCUACAGAAGAGAUUUACCGACACUGUACUUCUGUGCAUUUAGUGUUGCCAUAUGUUCGUAGGAUAGGCAAUUUCCAGCAACAAGAGGAUUGAGCAGGUUCCCAUCAUGAGACGCACAAGGGAAACUGCUGUCAUCCCACCUCUGCCCUAUUCUGAGCCAGCCGUAGCUUGUGUUACGGCUGUGCCAGUAGUGAAGGAACAGUUGUCUUUGCACAAUGCUGUACGUGUUCAGGAAACUGCAUAUUCUUCUGCUUUGUCAGGAGGGACAAAGAUUGCCAACCUUGCUUUUAGUGCUUGCUUCAGGUUUUGGCGAUGAAAAUAUUGGAGGAAAACGAAACCAUUUUUCCAGUUUAAACUUCUUCUGGGAAUUUCUUCAGAAUGCAACACAUAUGCUUAAAUUUCAUCUUCCUGGAGAAUAUAAAAUCCUUGCGUAAAAGUUAGAUGCAGUCAACUGAAUCUUUAAAAGGACACUGUCAGCUGCUUUUAAUAGCUUUAAUCGUUGUUGGCUUUUACUCUGUGUAUGGCAAGAUGCUGCAUAAUCUAGUGGUCAGAGCACAGGAUUAGAGCACAGGGGCUCCUAGGUUCUAGAUCCCAGCUCCACCACUCGCUGGGGUGGCCUUGAGCAAAUCACUUAAACUGUGUUUUCCCAAUCUGUAAAAUGGCAGAAUACUUACCUACCUCACAGGGCAUUGUGAGGAUAAGUUGCAGUUGUUUAUAGCACUUUACAUCUGUAAGUGCUAACUGCCCUUUGCAAAUCCUCCGAGACUUUUGGAAACCAAAUAUUCCCCUAUUGAUCUAGCCCUUUUUAAUCACUUGGCAACUAUUGAGGUGGAAGUUUUCCCAAACGUUUCUAGAGAAGCACAAAUCGUCAGCCAUUGUGUGCCCAUUUCAUCUAUGAUGCCAGCAGAAAUGAUGCUCCACUUUGGGAAUAACUAGGCAGAAGAGGAGCUCUCAGAAAACAAUAUGUGUAGAGACAAGCUGGCUUUUGAUUCUUGGGCGUAAUGAGUGGGGAAUGUGGCUAAAUCUUACCCAAAAAAAAAAAAAAAGGUCAAAUUCUGAACUAAAAUUAUUUGACAGUGUCCCUUUAAAGGGCUAUAUUAAUACAGGCUUUCAGACUGCUGACUAAAACUUUAUAGACUGGGACUACAUAGUGAAGUAUUCAUACGAACACCAACAUCUUCAUCAUAUUCAUCCUCUGGGGCAGUGUUCAUCAUGUCAAGCACAGCUGCUCAAAUUUUGCCCAACUGGGAGCAUUGCCUAUAAGGGGUCUGGUGCCCCAGAGCUCUGCAUCUACUUUGUAUUUAAAUACAAUGGCAUGGCCUGUGCCAGACUACAGGUCCCGGCAUGCAAAGCCCCUGUCCUUGUACCAAGCGUGAGCUUGUAUGCAGAUCAAGAUGGAGCACUGCAUGCUGGGAUUAAUAGUCUUCAUAGGCUGGUAUGCAGCUCAAGAUGGAGCACUGCAUGCUGGGAUUAAUAGUCUUCAUAGGCUGGUAUGCAGCUCAAGAUGGAGCACUGCAUGCUGGGAUUAAUAGUCUUCAUAGGCUGCCCCACCAUAUUAAAGAAGAGACCUCACCUGCUGAUGUGAUGACUGUUGCCCCAAGUUAGCAGGAACAAAUGCUUUUAUUUCUUCUGGUUUAAAUUUUUUUCAGCCUCCCGCCCCAAAUGUCCACCCCACUCCACCCCCAGCACACACACACCCCACCUUUUAGGCUGUGAAAUAAGCACAUGCUUCCAGUUUAACCCUUUAGGAUCUGUGUGAGAGAGAUGCUCAGUGUUUGGGGAAGAUAGGAGGGAGGUGAAGACUAUGUUUAAAUAUUAAUUACACUACAAGUACUUUCAUGGGAUCUACAAACCAUGCUACAUGACGGGUGCUUUCUACAGAUGUAAGGAAAUCACAUGCUGAGUUUGUUUCAUUCCCCAUUCGCAAAGGGGUUUGGUUGUACAAACAGCUGGCUUAGCAUGAUCAGUACAGAUCCAUAAAAUGGAAACUUUUGGCUUCUCCUCACUCUAUGCUUUGUGUCCAUGUAUUUCACCAGGGGGAUAAACUAGACAGGGUAGAAAGAAAAGCAGUUAUCAAUGUAGGGUUGGAUUCAGGAAAUGCAUUGAGAAAAUGCACACGUGGCUAUUAUAGAAAGUUGACCAAUAAUCCUGCUCCACUACAGUUUCUUGUGCAGAAUAUGAACUUGUUGCUUUAAAAACAAAAAAAAGAGAAAAAAAAAAAAAAAACUAUGGUGGAAGGUUGGGGAGGGGUAUUAAUCUGAAAAAUGGCUAGUUGAGCCUGGCUCUCCCUACAUGGCCUCAUGUCCCAAACUUUGGGUUCAGUGGAUGGCUUCUCUUAUCUCAUGCCACUCAAAGGGGAUUAAACUAUGCCAACAGUUCCUGGCAAUGUACCUGGUGAUUCUGUGGUGCUGUUUCUCAGCCCCAGGAGACGAGGGAAGAAACAGGAGGAUGUCCCUCACUUUCCACUUCAGCUGGAGAACACAUUCAUAAACCUGCCAGAGUGUUCUCGUGCCAGCAGACUGCUUGAACGAGAGCACUUGAUAUCCCGAUGCAUCCCUUAUUUCAAGGUGACUAGUCCCACUAAACCACCUGGCGUUCUCGAGAAGAGUCUGACUUUAUCAAAAGUCCCAUCUUCCAAUCCCAAACCCUCGAGGGCCACAUUACAACUCCACACAGGGCGAAAGCCUGUGUCCCCAUUUGCUGAAAUUAUCACACAGAUGCUGUUUGCCUGACAAUUUGGAAAAUUCUCUUAUAUUGACUCUUGGGCCCCACAAAUUUAUGUCCACUUGAUGCCUCUAAAAUCAAAGCCCCUCUGCUUGAUGCAUAUUGGGAUUCUUAAUUUGUCACCAUAAAACAACGGAAUUUGAUCACAACCCUUCCUGUCUAUCAGGUGUUAACUUCCAUAUUGACUCGAGUAUGUGAGGCCUCAGCGUACAGAUUUGGCUCGCCGUCUGGGAUGAAGACUGCCCCGUUUCCGAAGAUUAACACCAUAAAUAGGGAAUCUCUACAUUUCUGCCACACUGGGAUGAGCAAGUAACAGUCUGUGUGUGGUGCGUUGCUCCCUUUGAAGGAAUAUAUACUCAACCAACCCACUGUAAAGUUCUGUCUACCCUCAGUAUUUGUGAGUCACCUAUACUGAUCAUCCUUGUAUCUAAGCACCUGUAUAUCCUAGUAUGUGACUGGAUGCAGGGCCGGUUGGGACCAAGUUAUCUUCCAUUAGCACAAUGUCUUGCUAUAUAGUGUCCAAAAUGGGAUGAUUCAGAUUCAUUCUAGUCUGACUCUUCUUCCACUUAAAUGCCACCAAAAGUGAUCAUGUAGAAGAAUUCAGUUGAUGCACUGAACUGUCACAUAGUCUGAAGUAGGGUUGCCAACCUUCCAGGAUUGGCCUGGAAUCGGCAUCAAUUGCCCGGUGACUACUGAAAGCAAUUUGGGAGAUUUUAAUUGGAUAUUUUAAGAAAAUGACAUUGUCAGGUUGGGGGCGGGGAGGGUGGAAUCUCCUGGAAUAGCUUCAGUCAGAGUUGGCAACCCUAUUCUGAGGAUCUCCAUGUCCAGUGCCCUGGACCAUCAGGGUCUAGGAGCACUGUAGAGGCUAUUGAUCAGAGCAGCAUUACGAAGCUCUGGAGAGGAGCCAAAUACCAUCUCAAAAGGAAGAGGGGGUGUGACAGGAAUUCUUAGGGUUUUUAGAAGCAGUAAAAAGGUGGAGAAAUCUUUUGGAGUCAGGAAGGGAGGGCAGGGGAGUCAAGUUGAGCUGGGGGGGGAGAGAGGGAAUCUUAGCUGAUUGACAAACUGCUGUCAUCUUGUAAUGAGCUUGGCUCACAAGCUUCUCAACCACUGCACUAACUUAGCACUGCACACUGGAAAAUGGAGCGGAGGGGGCUUCCUGGUCCACUAGCCAGUAGCCCUGCUUCAGUCCUCCUGGUGCCCUUUUUCCAUGUUGCAGGUACGUGUAUGGAGAUCUUUGGAAGGAAGGAAGCUUGAUGUCAUCUAACUAGGCCACUGGCCCUAAGCUUGUCUGAUGAGAUGUUUUCCCAGCUAUGAAGCCAAUCCUCACGGAGGGAGAACCCGCCGAGUCCUUCUCUGACGUAUGUUGCUUGCCCCAUUACUUAUCUGGAUUGUAUUUUAGAUGUAGUAUCCUCCAGCUAGGCUCGUCUCUGUAAUCUCUUCCUCUGCCCUUUUUGCCAGCAUAUUUAUUCUGUCAGCCCAUGUGCCUUUGGGUCUGAUGUGCUACUUUGGCUGUCUUGUCUGUGCCUGCCUAGAGCCUGAAUAAAUAGGUCUGGCAGGGGUAGCAGUGAAGCAGUGUCCCCACUGACUGGACUUGCCAGAAUAGCACUGGGCUAGUUGGGCUUACCCACAGGGUAGGCCAGACUGCUUCUCUUCAGCUUCUGUAUCUGCCCUCCAACUCCCCCAUCCCAGAGGGGGUGUUGGCUUCUCUUCAGCUGCAUCCCGGCUUGCACCUUCAUAGCUCCGUUGCUCCCCAGAAUCCUUGUGUCAUGGUGGUUGUGGCACCUGUUCUGAGGUCCCAUUGCAGCUAGUGCAAAGGAGUCUGGGAGGCUUGAUAAAUAAGCUGCUGCUGUACAUGACUGAGCAGAAACGAGGAAGAAGCUUUUGAAAGAGGACAGGACCCAGAUGAGCGCCAGGUGGGUUGGUGGGAGGAGAAAAGGAGGCAGUGAUUGGGGGUGCUGCCAAGUGCCUUCUUAAGCUUAGGGCAGGUCCUGGUUGUCCAAACUAAUCUGCUUCAGUAAGGGGCUGUUACAGGCACGAUGCAAAUCUUGCUUGCUGCGCACGCACAGGAAACCAACCCGAAAGCCAACGGGGGAUGAAAGAUGCUAACUACAGAAAAUCCGCUAAUAAUCUUAAUGAGCAGAGUGGUGUCCUGACCUCUGCUACACACUUGCUGUGACCUUGCCUCUGUCCAGGGCUAUAAUUCUAUCUCACAGGGGUGGUGAGGCUGCGUUUAUCGUUGUCGGGUGCUUUAGGAUCCUUUGGCGAAAGGUGCUAGAGAUGACAGGUGAAUUUAAAACUGUCAGAUUUCUUUUAAAAAUCCAAAUCCACAAAGAGCAGCGGUGCAGCUCCCCGUCCCUUUAUGUAGCGGCUUCUGAUGUUGCAAUGUACCAGAAGGCCUCAGGGUGGAGGCUAAUCGAGAUAAAACCACACUGGGGAGAGCUGUUUGGCAGGGGUGCCUUUCCUGGUUAUAGAGCAGCUGGCACUCGCGAAGCUGGCUGCCCAGGUCUUGGCUACUGCUGCUCCAGCUGCGUGGAAUGUGGGAGCAUGUCUGAGAGCCUGGCAGCGCUGUCCAUCGUCAGCAGGAUGAAGGCGCGGAAGAGGGCACGUGGAUGUACCGGCGUGGGGGAGGUCAAGUUGGAUGAAUUGACCAAAUGGUGGAAAUGAGCAGCACAGCAGCAGAUCUGAUCUGUGAGGGAGUUUCCGUGGGAAGCUUCCUGUGUUGUUUUUUCUGUGCAUGUAACAAUUUAAAGUAUAAAUUCAAACUUUCCUCCCUCUCUUGGCUUUCAGGCUUGCUCGCUCUCACUCUCUGGGCACUCCCUUCACCUUCCAUUCUUCCUCCAAACCCGCACUGAAUAUGGCUGCUGCUAUGCAGAAGUCAAUUUGCCUUGUCAUCUGAGCAUUGCUUGAUGCAGCACAUACGGGCCAUCACCGUAUGCCCGGCAUUUGACUCAAAGUUAACUCAUCCUUGCGCCACCCCUGACUUCCCUUCAGAGCAGACACCAGGAUUCAGGAGAGUGCUUUUCUUUCUCCUGCCCUUGACCCCUGUAUAAAUAGAGCAGUGUAUGGAGCUUCCCAGGCAGGGCCUUGGGGAGGGCGGUAUGGGUUACAUUGUUUAGAUUUUUGUGAUAUAGGAGCCUAGUGGAGGGUAGUAACUGUAAAGGUCCUCUGGGGUGUGGGUGUGGUGUGGUAUGUUACAAGCUCACGCAGUGCCGAGUCCAUAACUCCUAGAAUCAUAGAAUAUAAGGGUUGGAAGGGACCCCAGAAGGUCAUCUAGUCCAACCCCCUGCUCAAAGCAGGACCAAUUCCCAGUUAAAUCAUCCCAGCCAGGGCUUUGUCAAGCCUGACCUUAAAAACCUCUAAGGAAGGAGAUUCUACCACCUCCCUAGUUAACGCAUUCCAGUGUUUCACCACCCUCUUAGUGAAAAAGUUUUUCCUAAUAUCCAAUCUAAACCUCCCCCACUGCAACUUGAGACCAUUACUCCUCGUUCUGUCAUCUGCUACCAUUGAGAACAGUCUAGAGCCAUCCUCUCUGGAACCCCCUUUCAGGUAGUUGAAAGCAGCUAUCAAAUCCCCCCUCAUUCUUCUCUUCUGCAGGCUAAACAAUCCCAGCUCCCUCAGCCUUUCCUCAUAACUCAUGUGUUCCAGACCCCUAAUCAUUUUUGUUGCCCUUCGCUGGACUCUCUCCAAUUUAUCCACAUCCUUCUUGAAGUGUGGGGCCCAAAACUGGACACAGUACUCCAGAUGAGGCCUCACCAAUGUCGAAUAGAGGGGAAUGAUCACGUCCCUCGAUCUGCUCGCUAUGCCCCUACUUAUACAUCCCAAAAUGCCAUUGGCCUUCUUGGCAACAAGGGCACACUGCUGACUCAUAUCCAGCUUCUCGUCCACUGUCACCCCUAGGUCCUUUUCCGCAGAACUGCUGCCUAGCCAUUCGGUCCCUAGUCUGUAGCUGUGCAUUGGGUUCUUCCGUCCUAAGUGCAGGACCCUGCACUUAUCCUUAUUGAACCUCAUCAGAUUUCUUUUGGCCCAAUCCUCCAAUUUGUCUAGGUCCUUCUGUAUCCUAUCCCUCCCCUCCAGCGUAUCUACCACUCCUCCCAGUUUAGACUCCUAUCGAAGUCAGUCAGUUGCUGGUGCUGAGGCCUGUGUGUGCCCCUCAUGGGAGGGCGUAGUGGCACUGGGAGAUAACGACUCUGUUGCUCGCCUUCGCUGAAAGCACGGCCUCUUUCACGCUGUGGUUCCCUGCGUCUGAGGGUUUGCUUCAGACUCUGAACUGCGUCUCAUCAGGCAAUCCGGCCUGUGUUCCCAGAACGGCGAAUGUGAGCACGGCAGGGACAGCGUUCAUAACCAGACAAAUCCAGACCCAGAAAGGCCAGUGGCUUAGCCUAAAAGCACUGUGAACUGGAACAGUCUACAACAAACUAACAGGGGAGCAUCUCCGACAGACAGGAUACGGGCACCUGCUCUUUUCUGUGGGGCUCGGUGGUACCUGAAGCUGGUACCUGAAGCUCAAACGUUAAGCCCAUUCCUUUGUGUUGUGUAAGGUAAGUUGCAGUGAUAAAGGCAGUUUCCAAAAAAUGUGAAACCACGUCUCUGGGGGGGGUUAUGUCACCAUCUGCCCUGCGACGCUGGGUGCCUUCAAAGCUGUGUUUGACAACCCUGAUCCCAACAGCCAGCCUACAAGCUUGCAGGUUAUACCCUGGCUUCCAGUGCCCAGCUACUUUUUGCAGGGUGACCCCCAACACCCUCCAGUCCCAAAUGUUCCCCACAUUGUCUGCCCUGUAGUGUCCACUACACCAGGGUGGCAAUUUGCUGGGGUCCCCAGAAUUAUGAGUUACUGUGAUACCCCUCUCAGCCUCCACAAGUGUGAGUCUGCCUACUGCUAAGCUGUGUGACAAUUGACACACCAGCUUGUCUGCCUUGCCAGCAAACUCUUCAGGACUCUGCCAGUCCAAACCUGGCCUUGCAGGUAACAACAGCAAACCCCAGCUCCCGAGUUCCCUAGAGACAUUCCCCUGCAGUGUCCAGCCCUCUCACUGGACACACAGAUGUUAUUGUUCAUUGCUCCUUUAAAGAGCAGCCCAUCGAUUUAACUGGGGUUUCACAAACACUCUUCUUUCAAUCACAGCACUAAACUGGAUUUAUAGUAGAAGUAAAACACGUGUAUUAAACAAAAAGUCAUAGUUUUCAGUGUUACAAGCAAACGAAAGUAAAAAUGUGCUUCUGAGACUGAAACUGAACUUCAGCAAGUUACAGUCUUUCCCUAAGCAGGUUUCUCGGGGACUUCAGCUGCUUUGGUUGAAGGAUCCAACAUUCUGUGGUGGCUACCAGGAUGGCUUCCUGUUUCUGCUGCUUUCUCCCAGAAUUCAUUGACCCUGUUACAAGAGGUGGGAAGGAUCCAUGCUGGUCUUCCCUUCCAGUUGACUUCCCAUGCCAUCUCUGAUUCAAAUGUAAAUAGGAUUUCCAUUGUUUUGAUUCUAUAAUACUUAAUUUGCAUUGGAAACAGGCUGAUACCUUCCCUCCUGUCUGGGAGAAAACCUAUUUCUCCCUGUGUUUGGUCCCAGACUUUAAAGGAUAAUGGCAGUGAAUAUCCAUAAUCCCUCAUGUAGUGCUAAUGAAUACAUUUCACACUGAUAUUAAUCACCAGUGUGUCACAGGCUUUCCUGAAAGACCUUGCUUGCUACACUUUUACAAUACAAUGAUAUUAUACCCAAUCAGUUCCUUCAAUUACUUAUUGUUUAAAGUUCACCCACCCUGUCUUUAUAGCCCCAGUAAACCUUUGAAAUGUGUUCUUUGAAAAGUCAGCGCAGCCCAAGCUUCUCUCUCCUGCCGUGGUGUAGAUGCCAGGCUGUCAUCCCACAGUUCAUUCAUCCUGCUUCAAGAGGCAGGAAGGCUUCCUGGAGGGUGCUUUCUCAACCCCAUGUUGAGAUUAAGUGUCAUCUUGUCCAGCUUGCUCUCCUGAGCGCUUUAUUUACCUUGUCUGUAAAUGUCCUUUUCCUUGUCUUUGGUGACAUCUUGCCUAAAUGACAUGGGAGACACAUUCAAGUAAGUGGAACCACAUUCCUUUGUCUGGAACAGGCGUGGCUCAAACACCGCAGGCCAAAUACAUGUUCAGAACACUUUUGUGGCAUGUGUCUUAUAAAGCCCUUUGUGGGUUUACUGUGCAUACACCACACAGUGAUUUUCAGGACCAGCAUGUUACCAGUUUGUAUACUUUUAGAUACAAAUUAUGACAACAAUGUGUUAGGUGUGGUGAGUUUGUCAGGCCUAACACGCACAGCUGACACAGAGUAGUGAACCAUCCUUGAGCCUGGGUGUCAGCGUCUCUCCUCUCACCCAUCUCUUUGGUAUCUUGGAGUCUGUGACAUCCAUCGGACAGCAGCACCCGAACUGUGUCCAACUGAGAAUGUCGCUGGCUGCUUGCUGGGGGGCCAAAGGUCUGCCAGCUGUUUGGGAUUAAGUGAAGGAGAUUGCAAUGGCCUGUGCAGACUGCAGGAUCUCAGCAUGAGUCAAACUAAAGAGUAUCACAUUGGGCUGGAACAUUGCACUCGGGGACUUCUGGGAUUUCCUGGGAGCUGCACUUUUGUACGAAAGGGAAGGUAGUCAUAGAACACCGCGACUUUGGGAGCUGCAGGCUGCAUUUUGGCUGCUCCUUUUGGCCACCUUGCCAUCAACGUGUGUCGCAGCCUUCUCCUGCAGCCGCAGGUGGCAGUUGCUCCCAGGAUCUUCCCAAUCCAGUGGGAUUUACCUGUGGGAGCUAGUGACAGGUCCGAUUCCAUCUUUUCCUCUAGUGACAUGCCUUAGUGCAAGAUGGGUUUGCGUUUGGAACAAGUGUGUGUUGCUGAUAGUCCCUGGUCUGUGAUGCAGCUAUUUCCAUAGUAACAAAUUAUGAUCUAAGCAGUGGAAUUACAUCAAGCGAGGGGAAGGUACAAUGCAGCCUUUAUUGCAAUGCGGCUGUCUCAGACAUGUCACUGGAAACCACCACAACAGGCACCAGAAAAACAAAAGCACCCAGGAAGUGCAGCAGUGAGAUAAGUCCCAUUCCCUGUAGGGACGUUUGUUCCAUGGUUACUCAUUUGAUUUUGCUCUUCCUGAUACUGCAUUGUUCUGAUGCCCAGACUGUAUUUAACUGGAAUUCCUGCUCUCUAUCCCAGUCACCUCAGUCUCCCUACUCCUUCCAAAAGGAUAAAGGAAUCAAUUUUUACCAGUUACUUUCCAGCUGACGUGCAUUUGGGCUUUUAGCAUCCCCCACCUCCCAGCUGUCUCUGCUCAACCUAUCGCAAAUUACUUGUAUUGAAAAGCUCGCACAGAUAAUGGCCCAGGUGCAUUGGCAUCCAAUACCUUGUGGGGGUGUAGCCAGUCCUGGCAGUUGGCAAAUCAAGGCAAAUUAAAGUGGGCAUUAGGCCACAGGGAGAGCCUACAAACAAAUUGAUGGUGGAGUGGCAGGAACCAGGUUUGAUUUCCAUCCAGCAAACUCAGUCCCCUGGGGAUGUCUCCUGUGUAAUGUGUUGUGAUGGUUACAAUGGCUAACUGAACAUCGGUCUCUCCCAUCCAUGGAGUAAGGCAGAGUCACCACUGGCUUUAUAGAAGCAGAGGAUCCAAUUGAAAUACAAGGCAUACAAAGGCCUUGAGUUUCAGGCUGGUGGUUCUUUCAUGUCUGACUUCCCCAUGUAUAAAAGAAGCACAGCAUUAAAACGGACCCUGCUUGCCUCUCCCAUGAACGGCUGCUGCAGCCACUUGGCUUGGCAUUCCAAGUUUGUGCUCUGUGUUAGAUGGGUCCAAACUUCAAAGUUCUGACCCAGAUCCAGACUUCGCAGAGUUCAGGGAGAUUUGGAUCCGGCUCUUGGUGUGGGCUCAUGUCAUUAUUACUUUCAUGUGAUAAUGAAUUUCUCGCUAUGAAGGUGGUGGAAAAAAUGAACGUUGGAUUACAAGCAGUUGUCAUCCUUCCUUCAUGCUAAGGUUUUUCCUCUGCAGGGGAGAUGUUUCCUACUCAUUUUUCCCUUUCCUCUCAGCCCCAAAGGCUGAGUCAUGAGAACACCCUUUGGGCAGAAGAGAUGUACAUCUCUCCCUUCCAGGCUGUUCAUGGAGUAAAUCCGAGACGUCACUAGAGUGAUACAGGGAGCUUCCUCCCCUGGGCGCUGUGUGCUAUCCAGCUGGCCCAGGCACUGCCGGCUCAUGAGCAAAGUCCCAAGUACAGGUUCCAAGCAGGAGUUAGCUAACAUCUGCAGAAGGUUAAAGAAUCAAACUAAGCAACCAAUAUUGACAGCUGGCUCCUACCUGACAUCGAGGCCUUACAUUGUUCCAGUCACAGAUGAGGUUACUUUUCUGCAGCGUAGCAGCCGGCAGCUCUGAAAUGCUGAUUUUAAUCGAGACCUUAAAUUAAAUGCACAAAAAGCCUUUCAACUUUUAGGAUGCUGCUGUGCAAAUGAGGGGUGUUGCUUUCUCUUAAGCAAUACUAGAGACAGAUCUGAACCAGAGCACAGGAUCCAAAGCCCUUUGGAUUCAGAGGAAGUUUGACCACAGAUCUGAACUCCAGGAGUCAGACCUACCUCUCUCCGUAGCACAGGUGGUAUUCACAUGUAUUUGUAGGUCCCAUGAUCGAGAUGCAUGGUGAAUGGUCAACCAGUUAGCCACUUGCUAUGCUAUGUCAUAACCCAUCUUGAUGUGCCCUGCAAGGAAAGCAGACUUCCGGGUAAGGUUGUAGUUUCGUGGUUAGAAGGCUCUCAUGAAAACUCUUAAGUCUCUAUAAAGGAGAAGAAGUGGAAAGGUUUUUUUGCACAUUUUUAACCAUUUUUUACUCCUUGCGCAGGGAUUACUGAGCCUUUUAAAGAAGGAAACAAACCGCCAUUUUAAUAGCAUUCUAAAGAAUUCUGAAAGCAGGAGUCAUCUUGCAUGCAAUGUCGUUCUGUGCGGUAACAUGCAACUUGCAAAUCUCAUUGUACAUACUGUAGAUGAGUCACCUUGUGCUCUGUGUGAUGGGGUGGAGCAGGAGAUAGGAUGCUGACCAUCGUGUGAAACAGCUACAGCUUCCCAAAACCAGAGAAUCAGCCAAGGAACGGGGCAGAAGGGGAGAAAACAGCAGCAGCAACUGUAAACGUAUAACUAGUUGUAACCGGUAAACUUUGGUAUCCGUGUCCAGUGGUUAGCUCUAGAAUUGCAAGCCUUGUUAUACUGCACACACCCUCCAUUCACACCUCUCCUUGUUUUCUUCAUAUGAACUAGUGAUGAAUGACAUAGACUGUUGUAUCCAAAUGACUCUCAGAUCAGUUCUGCCUCCUUUCCCACCCAAAUCCAAGAUGGCAAAGAUAGUUGAGCGGCAAAAAUUGUUGACCGUCACUAGUUUUAGUUUAUUCAUUGGGUUUUUUUCUCCCCUCUAUUUUUAACCUUCUUUAUCUGAAUACACACGCGGACGCACACACACACACACACACAUAUAUAUAUAGGUAAUCAUCUUCAAGUACUUUAAAGGGGUAGUGUAGAAGUCUCUUGCCAUCUUCCAGAAGGCCCACCGGCACCUUGCGGACAUGCACCUUACUAGAAAUGUAUUUGGUCGAUAUAGGUGAGAUCUGGCAUUGCCCUUCUUGCAUACGCUACAGUUGACGAGGAUCCACCCACAGAAGCUGACAGAAAGUGGCUACUGUUCCUUUUUAUUUUGUGGCAGGAGAGGGGGAUUUUUUUGCACUAAGAUUAUUUGUUAACCUCAAAAUGGCCAACUUGCAGGGUUAAUUAAUACCCAGGAUUAAUCUGAUGUGGCAGAGUCCUACCCAGGCAGGUGUGUAGCCUUUGCAUUCAUCAAAAUGGCAAAUACCUUGGCUGUAUCUAUACAAUGGGUCACAGAGUACAGUGGUUUGUAGUGGUGGUUUUUUUCCUUCUGUGGAAUUAAACAGGCCUCUGCUUUCAGCAGUGUUGUAUUGAUCUCCAUUGUUUAUGAGUACAGAAGUAUAGGAGAGCUCAACUCUUUACUGUGUCUAGACCCAUCCUGAAGGUAAACCUUGUGCUCUGCAUUAAAAACCGUGUCAAAGCAUUCCCAAGAUAUCAAUUCACUGCAUGAAGUCUGAGGCAGCGGACGACAGGAGGUGUUUGUGGGUCACUGGAAUUGAACUCUUUUUUGGAUCAGUUAAAUGGAAUUUCCUUCUCAUGGAGAGAACUCCUGACCUCUCCAUUGGUCUCAGACCAAGAGAUGAAUAUCCAUCCCUGUCUGGCUCUCGGAUGUAGUGAAAUGUAGCUGAAACUGCCAAAUACAAAAUGGCAUUAAGUGUAGGGUUCAGCCUAACCAAUCAUUUAAUUAGGAAGAAGAGAUGAUUUUCAUAGCUUGGCCUUGUUCCACGUUAAGAAACUGCUAGUCAUUUGGCACAGCCAGGCAUAUUAAUGCCACGCUUCACUUGGCAAUUUGGUUUCUUUCUAGUUUUGGUUUAUUUCCACUCUGGAAGUGUCAGCCCGUAUCUUCUAAAGAAUGGGUUUUAAUUUUCCUUUCCUGUUCAGAACCUGUAGCACACUGGUGUAUUUCCACUCCCGUCUGUGUAGAGUAUUGCCUUAAACAGAUCCGUUGUGUUGUGUUUUUUUUUUUUUUUUUUUUACGGUCAGUUUUAUGCAUUAAUUUAUUUUAAAAUGUGUUUUUUGGAAAACAUGAAACAUGUAUAA